GGAGAGAUGGGGAUCUUCAAGCGGCUGUUUGGGCUUUUCUACAAGCGGCGGACGAAAGUCAAGAUCCUGGCAGUCGGCCUCGACAACUCGGGCAAAACCACGCUGCUCAAGAAACUCAGACCAAAGAAGGUGGGUGCGCAAGGAAGGAAGCGAUGGACGACUGAAUGGAUGGAUGGAUAGAUAGAUGGCAGACAGGCCAGCGCGGCGGCAGAUGAAAAGCUGCAUGCACUUGCCAGCAGAAUCAAUGAGGUGCAUUCUGUGGGCUGUGUGCCCUGCCCACCGCAGGCUGACCUGAGUACGGUGCCGACGGUUGGCUACGAGUUCGAGAGUUUCUCCAAGAAUGGCGUGGCGUUUGACUGUGUGGACAUGUCGGGGCAGAGCAAGUAUCGCAACCUCUGGGAACACUACUUCACCGACACCGACGUGAGGGAGGGCGGGGCGAGGAAUGGGGUGCCAAAUGCACUUAUGUGUGUGUGUGUGUGUGUGUGUGCAGGGCGUUAUCUUUGUGGUGGAUGCGACGGAUAAGCUGCGGUUUGUGGUCGUCAGGGAGGAGCUCGAGACCAUGCUGAGCCACCAAGGCACACACACAAACACGAUGACCAGGAAGCGAGACCGGCCAUUCAACUCCCGUGGUGUGUUUGUGUGUGUGUGUGUGUGGUGCAGAGUUCAGCCGCCGCAAGAUCCCGCUGCUGUUCUUCGCCAACAAGAUGGACCUGCACGACGCCGUCACGCCGAAUGAGCUCCUCGCCACACUGCAGCUGGACGACCUCGCGCACCCUUGGAGAAUCUUGUACAGCCAGACACACACGGACACACAGGCACAUAGUUGAGGACAUUGUGGUGUUGGUGCUGUCGAUGAGUGCAGUGCGAGCAACGCGUUGAGGGGCGAGGGUCUUGAGGAGGGGGUGGGGUGGCUCGUCGACGCCAUCGCCGAACACAAGACGACGGCCAAGUGAUCAUAUCGGCCAGUCGAUAAGCUCAUGGACGAUGGAUUUAGCUGCCGAUGUGCAAUCGUGUGCGUGUGUGUGUGGAGGUGUAUGCCGUGUGUAUACAGCAGGCAGGCAGGCUGAGUGGGUGCGUGUACAUAGACAGACAGUCAGACAAACCUUUGCCGCAGGUGACGUGACAAUGUAACGAACGAACUUCCCGUGCAAAUGAAAGGAAGAUUCUGAGUGAGUAAAGUGGCAGAGGCAUGGACGACUGAAUGAGCGACCGAAUGACGUCUUUUUGCUGUGCAAGUCGUCUCUAGCUGCACAGCAGAUUCGCAAGACGUCAGGCAGUCUGCUUGCCGCUGUGUGCUCUGCGAAUCUCUGUUGUAUUUGAGCGAAAAGGGCCGGUGAGGACCUUUCCUGUAGUUAGCUGAAUAGAGGAUCUGCUGGGCGGUAAGUCCCAGAGUAUGAGUGCUUUUACUUUAAUAAGACCGAUGGACUGGCGA